UACAUUUGGCUUGAUCAUUCGUUUGUUUACGGAUUUAUAUAUUUUAAGUUGAUUGGCUUCGAAAUUUUUGUGUUGAUUAUUAUUAAAAGUAUUUAUGAAAGAUGAGCAAAAAGGGUGACAACGAAAAUUGGUUGUUUUUAUCGAAUGAAAAAAAAGAAUGGAACGAUCAAGUUUUGGAGGAAAUUGCUAUUAGCAAAAAGUUUCCCAAGGAAGUUUUCGUCAGAGAAAACUUCAAGUCCAUUAUUUCCCGAUUUUUUUACUUUUAUUUUACGGGAGAAGUCACUGAAGGAUGUUCAGUAGCCUGCGCAGUUUAUUCCUCAAUUUCUCUGUUGAAUGUCGUGGAUAAAAAAAUGUGUAAAAGAGUCUUCGAAGCAAGAGACUACAUGCACAUUGGUGAGGCAACACCAUUUUAUAAAGGUUCACACGAUCACCAAAAAUGCUCUUACUUCGAUAACUACGAGAAGAACCAUCACCUUAGGAAUGACAUAAUGGAAAUGCUUCAGAACUGGGACAUAAAUAACGUGUAUAAUGAAGAUCAAGCGAAAUUGAUGAGAUUCGCUGCCUUUCUGGCUUUAACUCUCUGCACAGUUGCUACCAAAACUAAACAGCAACUCGAGACGAGCUUCAGGAGCAGACAGUUCCGAUCGAACUUGUCCCACCUUGUGGGGUGGAACAUGCAACGAUUUUUUUCGAUUCCGUGUACAAAAGCCCUAGAUAAAUGCGUAGACGAAUUAGCCAACGAAAUUCACCGCCGAAGUCUGAAAUCAAUUUUCGCAAUUGUUGUUCGAGAAUGGCGAGUGCGUGUCCAUCGAGAUGACGAAAUUACAAGCUCACUUUUAUUUGAAUCCCUAUUAGACAGCACCGCAGGCAACGGACUUCAACUUCUAUCUUUAAUGACUUCAGUUUUAUACACGAUGGACAUCACUUUUGACGAGUUGUUGAAUGCACUGCGCACUGAAGUCCUGGCUUUUGGUAAACAUCGAGCUUCCUGGACGAACCUCCUGGAGUUUAAAAAUAAAUUUCUCUGCAAGGGAAAUCCACAGUACGGAUAUUCAUGGGCCCGAAUAAUUGAUCAUGUAUAUUUAACAGAAUAUGCAGCUGCAAACAACUUAUUCUUCUGCGGGAUGUUUGCCGCUAUUAUAGAAAUCUACUGUGGGUGCGGAGUUUGGAAAGCUAGGUGGGCACGGAUCGACGCAUCAUUCUUCUCUGAACCGAAAAUAGUUGGAAAACGGAUUCACAGUUAUUUGGUCAGCAGGAAGACGACUUAGUGCCGUAGUGAGUCGCAGGCCAAGAUACGCGUUUAUCAAAUUCUUUUUUAUGAAAAACUCAAAAUUUGUGAUUAAUUAUACGGGUUGAUGUUACUAUGUUUCAGUAUACGAUUACAGAUUGUUAGUUAUAGUUGAUUUCAUAUAAAUUUUUGUUUGGUGCAACCCUGAA